UCUGGAACUGAAACAAAAGAAAAGCUCCUUUGAAAGAACAAAAUUUCCAAGAUUUUAAAUUCAAGGAACUGCUCACUUUCAUCAAUAUCAUCAUUUCUACUCUUACCCAUUUGAUUUCAGAAACUUAAGCCGCUGCCGAUGCCGAUGCGCCUUUGUUGAGGUAAAUGAUAUUGAUUUCGCAAUGGAUGAAUUACCAGAGCACUUGGUUUCAGAAAUUUUAGGCAGGAUUAGGAAAACUGAGGACAGGAACUCUGUUUCAUUAGCGUGUAAACGUCUUUACGAAAUGGAUAACGAACAGAGAAUUUCGCUUCGAGUUGGGCGUGGAUUACAUCCUGCAAAUGAAGCUUUGGCUUCCCUUUGCAAUAGGUUUCCCAACUUAACAAAAGUCGAAAUCACUUACUCUGGCUGGAUGUCCAAACUCGGCAAACAAAUGGAUGACCAAGGGCUCUCAAUUCUUGCUGGCUACUGCCCUUUACUAAGUGAUCUCACUUUAAGCUAUUGCUUGUCUGUCACUGAUAUCGGCCUUCGUUACUUGGCUUCUUGCUCGAAGAUUUCAGCUCUGAAGCUGAACUUUACCCCACAAAUUACGGGUUGUGGCAUACUGUCCCUUGUUGUAGGCUGCAAAGGCCUCACCAUUCUCCAUCUUAUUCACUGCCUGAAUGUUAAUAGUGUAGAGUGGUUAGAAUAUCUUGGCAAGCUUGAAACACUUGAAGAUCUGUCUAUUAUAAAUUGUAGAGCGAUUGGGGAAGGUGAUUUGAUAAAGCUAGGACCGAGUUGGAAAAAGCUAAAAUGGUUUCAAUUUGAGGUGGAUUCUAACUACCGUUACCUACAAGUUUACGACCAAUUGGCUGUAGAACGAUGGCAAAGACAGUGGAUUCCUUGUGAAAAUAUGCAGGAGCUUAGGUUGGUCAAUUGCAUCAUCAGCCCUGGAAGAGGGCUGGCUUGCGUAUUAGGGAAGUGCCGAAACUUGGAGAAAAUUCACUUGGACAUGUGCAUUGGAUUAAGAGACUCGGACAUUGUAAGCUUAGCACAAAAGUCUAGUAAUCUUGUGUCGAUAUCGCUCCGUGUUCCUUCUGAUUUCUCACAGCCUUUAUUGAUGAACAAUCCAUUAACAUUAACUGAUGAGAGUCUAAAAGCUAUUGCUCAGAACUGUUUGAUGCUUGAAAUGUUGAGGAUAUCUUUCUCUGAUGGAGAGUUUGCUUCAUUUUCAUCAUUUACUUUGAAUGGAAUUCUUAGUGUGAUCCAAAAUUGCCCGGUUCGGGAACUUGCUCUUGACCAUGUCUAUUCCUUUACUGAUAUUGGGAUGGAAGCUUUAUGCUCAGCUCAGCAUUUAGAAACCCUGGAGCUUGCGAGAUGCCAAGAAAUAAGCGAUGAGGGGUUGCAGCUAGUGAGUUGGUUUCCCCGUCUCCGUGUUUUGCGGCUGAGAAAAUGUUUGGGGAUUACAGAUGAUGGAUUCAUAACUCUUGUUGGUUCAUACAAAUUGGAUUUAUUGGCUGUUGAGGAUUGUCCUCAAAUUUCUGAAAGAGCAAUCUACGGUGCUGCUAGAUCGAUAUCAUUUCGGCAAGAUUUGUCAUGGAUGUAUUGAACUUGGUAAGUAUAAUUAUCUGGUUUCUUUUGGUUUUGCCUUCUGGUUUUUUAUUUC